AUGUCCUGGGUAUUCCUGCUUCUGGCAGCCGGCUCUCUGGCCAUUCCCGCGCCCUCGAUACACCUGGAGAGACCACACCCCACCAGCCCUGAGGACCCCAUUCACAUCACCUGCGCGGCCCCCCAGGGCUUCCCUGGGGCCAAUUUUACGCUGUACCGUGGCAGGCAGGUGUUGUACCUGGUGCAGGCUUCUGCAGACCAAAUCCAGGUGACCUUUAAUAUCAGUGGGGGCGGCCUCAGCGCUGCGGGGGGCGAGUUCCAGUGCCAGUAUGGGGUGCUUGGAGAACAUGCACAGCCGCAGAUAUCCGACCUCAGCGACCCGGUACGCGUGUCCUACCCAGUGCCCUCCUGGAUCGUGGCCCUCUGCGCGAGCUUGGCAGGCAGCGUUCUGCUGGUGGCCGGGCUGGUGACCUUGGUCGUGGUGAUUAGGAAAGUUAAAAUAAAAAAUUUGCAGAAGAAAAGGGAGCGUGAAUCCUGCUGGGCUCAGAUUAACUUCGCAAACACAGACAUGACCUUCGACAACUCUCUCUUCACUGUAUCCACAAAAGUGGUUCCAGAUGAGGAUGUGUUCCCGGGGUCCACCGUGACUCCAGGGGGUUCUGGGCCACGGCACAGGCCCACCUCUACCUCAUCCUCGCCUGAGACCCCUGAAUUCAGCACUUUCCGGACUUGCCAGUGA